GAGCGCCACCCUGCUCCGCGGGACCCCCCGCCAGCCCGGGGCGGCCGGCUGCGAGCGGCGGGGAGGGCGGCGAGGGCGAUUCGCCUGCGAAGAAAUGCCCUGUUGAACUUUGAAUAUAUUAGUUGACAUCAGUGCGAGUUGGGGCUGCCAGCCCCUAGCUCCCUCCUCCUUCCCUACCUCCUCCUCCUCCGCCUCCUCCCUCUCCUCCCCCCGGUCUCCGAUGGAAAGAGUUGAAGCCGUGCUGAUAGGAGCCUCCUGGAAGAGACAGCGGAGCGCAGGGGAGGACUUCGGUCCCAACUCCGGCCGCGCCGCGGGGACGCUGCCCGCCGCCGCUCGCAUGGCCCGAGGCGGCGCUCCCUAAGCGCCGCGCUGGGGAGAGCCGCCGCUCCGCUCCCCUGCUCGCCCCGCGCCGAGCCCAGCCCCGCCGAGCCGAGCCGAGCCGAGCCGCGCCGCGCCGAGCCGCGGCUGCCCCCGCUCCUGCGGCAGCCGGAGCGCGAUGUGCCGGUGAGCCCCGCACCGGGAGCCCGGCGGCCACCCCAUAAAUCAUCCACAAACAACCUUAUGAGAAAAAUAGAAGGAAGAAGGCCAAAGAGGCAUGCCAGAGAAGGAAGUUUGCAGAGUGCAAGGGGUUCAGAGAAGACUGCAGUGGGACUGCCUCUGAGAGGGAGCGUUUACAUCACUAAUUCUUGACGGGUUUACCUUCUGGGACUCUGACCUUAGACUGCUGCUGGGGCAUUUGUCUCGGACUUGGCCUCUGGGCUGGAUUUUCCCUGGAACGUGACUUCGAAUAUGACACUUCAGUAAUGCAGAGGCUGUAUCCUCCCUGGGCCUACCUUGGAAGCUAGAUCUGCAGCCGCCCUUCAGUCAUGGUUGUUUCAAGAUUAAAGGCCAUUUCCCUGUCAUUGCCAAGCCUUUUUCUUCUUGCUUUUCAUCUCUCAGCAACACAGAAUGUACCUGAAUACUCUGAAGCUGAACAUCAGCAAUGCGUCAGGAAAGAACAUCCCACAAUUGCUUUUGAAGAUCUGAAGCCCUGGGUGUCGAAUUUCACCUAUCCAGGUGUGCAUGACUUUUCUCAGCUUGCACUGGAUGCCAACAGGAACCAGCUCAUUGUGGGAGCAAGGAACUACCUCUUCAGACUUAGUCUACACAACGUUUCUCUUAUUCAGGCAACAGCAUGGGGUUCAGAUGAAGACACCAGGAGGUCCUGUCAAAGUAAAGGGAAAACAGAGGAAGAGUGCCAGAACUAUGUCCGAGUGCUGAUUGUUUAUGGCAAGAAGGUUUUUACCUGUGGUACCAAUGCCUUUUCACCGGUGUGUUCCAGUCGACAGGUAGGAAAUCUUAGCAAAAUCAUUGACAGAAUUAAUGGAGUGGCUCGGUGCCCGUACGACCCUCGGCAUAACUCGACAGCUGUGAUUACAUCACGAGGAGAACUCUAUGCUGCAACUGUAAUUGAUUUCUCUGGACGGGAUCCUGCUAUUUACCGCAGCCUUGGAAAUGUUCCCCCACUUAGGACAGCACAAUACAACUCCAAAUGGCUCAAUGAGCCUAACUUUAUUGCUGCCUACGACAUUGGUUUAUUCACCUAUUUCUUCUUCCGUGAGAAUGCGGUAGAACAUGACUGUGGGAAAACAGUGUAUUCUCGUGUGGCAAGGGUUUGCAAAAAUGAUAUUGGAGGGAGAUUUUUGCUGGAGGACACAUGGACAACUUUCAUGAAGGCCAGGCUGAACUGCUCCCGUGCUGGAGAAAUCCCUUUCUAUUAUAAUGAAUUGCAAAGCACCUUCUACCUUCCUGAGCAAGAUCUGAUCUAUGGUGUCUUCACUACUAACGUAAACAGCAUAGCUGCCUCAGCAGUGUGUGCCUUCAAUCUUAGUGCUAUUACUCAGGCAUUUAAUGGCCCUUUCCGUUACCAAGAAAACCCAAGAUCAGCCUGGCUGCCAACAUUAAACCCCAUCCCUAAUUUCCAGUGUGGGACGCUGAGUGAUGACAGCCCUAACGAGAACCUGACGGAGAGAGUCCUGCAGGAUGCGCAGCGCUUGUUCCUGAUGAAUGAUGUCGUGCAGCCGGUGACUGUAGAUCCGUACGUGACUCAGGACAGCAUUCGAUUUUCCAAGCUGGUGGUUGAUAUUGUUCAGGGGAAGGAUACUCUCUACCACGUGAUGUAUAUUGGAACAGAGUACGGCACCAUCUUGAAGGCCCUUUCUAGCACUAACAGGAGCCUAAGGAGCUGUUAUUUAGAGGAAAUGCAGAUCCUCCCCGAUGGACAACAGGAAGCAAUCAAGAGUCUCCAAAUCCUGCACAGCGACAGGUCGCUCUUUGUGGGCUUAAAUAAUGGAGUGCUUAAAAUUCCUCUGGAGAGAUGCUCCAUGUACAGAACAGAAGGGGAAUGCCUAGGAGCCAGAGACCCCUAUUGUGGCUGGGAUAACAAGCAGAAGCGAUGCACCACCAUUGAGGACAGCUCCAACAUGAGCCUGUGGACUCAAAAUAUUACUGAGUGCCCAGUGAAAAACCUGACGACAAAUGGAAGACUGGGACCUUGGUCCCCAUGGCAACUGUGUGAGCAUUCAGAUGGGGACAGCACAGGCUCCUGUAUGUGUAGGUCACGUUCAUGUGACAGCCCUCGUCCUCGCUGCGGUGGUCGCGGCUGUGAAGGGGCCAGGAUUGAGGUCGCAAAUUGCUCAAGAAAUGGCGCCUGGACACCUUGGUCUUCCUGGGCCCCGUGUAGCACCUCCUGCGGAAUAGGCUUUCAAGUCCGCCAGCGAUCCUGCAGUAACCCUGCUCCACGGUACGGGGGCAGGGUCUGUGUUGGACAGAGCAGGGAAGAAAGAUUCUGUAAUGAGAACAGUCCAUGUCCAUUACCGAUUUUUUGGUCUUCAUGGGGUCCUUGGAAUAAAUGUAGUGUGAAUUGUGGUGGAGGGAUUCAUUCAAGGCAGAGGUCCUGUGAAAACGGAAAUACAUGUCCAGGCUGUGCUGUGGAAUAUAAGACGUGCAACCCAGAGAGCUGCCCGGAGGUGCGCAGGAACACACCCUGGACCCCUUGGAUGCCUGUCAACAUCACCCAGAAUGGUGCCCGCCAGGAGCAGCGCUUCCGUUACACGUGUCGUGCUCAGCUGUCUGAUCCCCACGAGCUGCAGUUUGGGAGGAAGAAAACUGAGAGUCGAUUCUGCCCCAAUGAUGGCUCAGCAGUGUGUGAUACUGACUCUCUUGUUGAUGACCUCCUCAAGACUGGUAAGACUUCUGCACGGAUUAUCAAUGGGGGCUGGUCCUUUUGGGGGGCCUGGUCUUCCUGUUCCAGGGACUGUGAGUUGGGCUUUAGGAUCAGGAAGAGAACAUGCACAAACCCCGAACCUAAAAAUGGUGGCUUGCCCUGUGUGGGGUCAGCGAUGGAGUACCAAGACUGCAAUCCGCAUCCCUGCCCAGUGAAAGGCUCAUGGUCUUGCUGGACUCCUUGGUCUCACUGCUCAGCAACCUGUGGAGGAGGACACUACCAGCGCACGCGGACUUGCACCAAUCCAGCUCCGUCUAGCGGAGAGGAUAUCUGCAUUGGUCUGCACACCGAGGAGGCCCUUUGCAACACGCACCCAUGUGAAGGUGGCUGGUCAGAGUGGUCAGAGUGGAGCCUGUGUAAUGAAGAGGGCAUCCAAUACCGCAGCCGUUACUGUGAGGUACACAGCCCAGACUCUUCUCAGUGCAUCGGAAACAGCACGCAGUACCAAGAUUGCCUGUAUAAUGAAAUUCCUGUGAUCCUGCCAGCCUCCAGCAUUGAUGAGAGCACGAACUGUGGAGGUUUUAGUCUCAUCCAUCUGAUUGCCACUGGAGUCUCCUGUUUCUUCGGCUCUAGCCUCUUAACGUUUGUGAUUUACGUGUACUGCCAGCGCUGUCAGAGGCAAUCCCAGGAGUCGACCGUUAUCCACCCAACCACUCCCAACCAUCUCCAUUACAAGGGCAACACAACCCCCAAGAACGAGAAGUACACCCCUAUGGAGUUCAAGACACUUAACAAGAACAAUUUGAUACCAGAUGACAGGACCAACUUCUACCCGUUGCAGCAAACCAAUGUGUACACGACAACCUAUUAUCCCAGUACACUGAAUAAAUAUGACUACAGGCCCGAGGCCUCCCCUGGAAGGACCUUUACCAACAGCUGAUGAUGGACAGGUCCCAGAGGACUGGAUCACUUCCUAUAUGAAUUUUUUUUUAAUUGAUUUUAUGGACCAAAUACUGGCCCAGCCUCUAGAUGUAAAUAUUGUAUAGUAGGGUCUUUUUUUUCCUUUGGUUAAUUGUAUUUCUUGUAAACAGCACAUCUCCUUACAAGGACAAAAAUGCAUAUGGACCAUUCUACAGAGCUUUUGUGGAUAUUUGGCUGGAGAUGGCUCUUACUACUGCAACUGUUUAUGGCUGGAAGAUCAGCGUUGCUGUCCAAGGCCAACAUUGUCAAGGAGGUGGCUGUGUGCUGGGCUCAGUGGCCACCAUGCAGUAGCACACAACACUCGGGCGCAGUCUAAGCAAGGCAAGAGGUGGCCUCCUGGGGCAGGGGUGUCUGUCUGGUGAGGAGCAUCCUUCCUGAGACAGGGUAGCAAUGGUGCACUGGAUGACACGCAGCUCAUGAGACAGGCUGAGCGGGACUCCAUCGUGCCAACAACUUGAAGAACGUUUUCUUUUUCUUUUCCUUUUUUUAUUUUUGAUUUUUUUUAAUGUUUCUGAAAAAAAAAAAAAAAAAAAAGAAGUAACUUUCUAGGGCAGUGUUCCCUGUAUCUUCAACAGAAUCUUUUCAUAUUACAGGAAAUACUCUCCACAGCCUUCUUUGGUAACAUGCAGUUCAGCUGAUGAGAAACAACACACGAACAAAGUGCAUUACCAGAAGAAGCUUUCCAGAAUGUUUCCAGUCUUAAUUAAAAGAAAAUUAUACAGGCAGUGAGACACUGAGAAAAGUAAAUGUUGGAAUAACAUCGGAGACGUGAACUUGGAGUGCCUAACAAACAAAAAGAUGUUUAUAUCACUGGAAAAAAAAGAUGUGAUGAUUGCCGCACAAGAGCCAUGGGCUUUUUUCUUUCUUUCUUGUUUUUUUUUUUUUUCUGAGACAGUGUUAACUCUUUUUGUUCUAGCUUUGAUCCUGAUUGUGUCUGCCAGGAAAGGCAACUUUAGAAGCCAUGCUCUUCUUGUGGGAAAUCACCAUGCUUUGGGCUAAUUUUUCCUCUUCUUUUAUUGUUGGUUUUUAGUUCAUUUACUUUCAAAGAGUGAAUAAUUCUGACUUUGUGGGGGGAGGGUAUUCUUAAGGAAUGUUUCCAUAGUCUGACAUGACCCAGAAAGUCUGCUGCACAUUCUUAUAGUGUCUUCCAGUCAGUACUCUAUGAAAUAGUAACGCAGCUGAGUAAUGUGCGUUGUUUGCCAAUAUUUCUUUAAUUUUUCAGAACAAAAACAACCCAACAAACAAAUGCUGCUGCAGCUAUUGAAGUAAAUUGGGGCAGUAGCAUUAUUAAACAGUAUAUCCAGCCUUGAAAUGUAAUUUUGUGUAUGUGUGUGACUGUGUCUAUAAGAACUGUAUUAGUUUGAUGCAGAAGCCAUGUUGUCUACAACCAGAUGUUUGUCUGACAUAAUUGUUUGGCAAAAAGGAAACUUAUUGCUGGUGCUUAAUGUACAAUUACAUCCAAUGUGUUAGCAACGUGAACAAGUUCACCGCUGUUAUCAUUUAGUGUUUCUAAAUAUUUAUAAUGAACUCCUGAUGCUAAGGAUUUUAGAAUGUCGCAAUACUGAGCAUGAGAUAAAAGUACACCCUGAAACGCGCAUGAGCUCCACGUGGUCCUGAGCUUGGCUUUGUCGUCUGCAUCUUACUCGAGCAAUUGCCAUGCCCGUGCUUGGCCAUUGACUCGGCCGUGUUCCCAGCAGUCCCGUUUGUCUUCGCUUUAUUUCAGAUUUUGCUGUAAGCCGACACCGGUCAUUUCUCAGUGCUAUUCCUUUGCAGUUGCUUGUUUGGAAGCCCAGCUUGGGCUGUGUACUCAGCUCUUUCACGUAGGCAGCCGGCAGGAAAUGAAGAAAGGCUGUGUUGCUCGUGACAAGUACAUUGCUUUUCCUGUGAGGAAAAAGCCAACAUGGCUCUGUAAGCCUGUGUUAUGGUGGUUUGACCAGAAGGCAAGAAUAAAGUAGCCUCCCAUUUUUAAAUUACUUUGUUCGACUUCAGUUUGCAGUGAUUGAAGGCUGUAGGGUAUUUGUAAUAAAGUGGGGUCAUUAGCACUGCCACGAGGACACCUUAGGCUCAGUGGUGCCCAUCAUUUUCAGCAGUUGUUUUUCUAAUUUAGCAGCUCAGCCUGCUUCUGCUCUGGCCCCACUGGGUGAAAUAGAGGGAACAGAGGGAGAGAGAGAGGUGCCCUUAAAUAGGUGUACUCACAUUUGAAGCAGCAGGGUCAGGAGCUGAUGCAGCUCUCGAAGCUCUGUCUGAAGCAACCUGCUGCAACCCUCCAAGUCGGCACAGUGGCUCAGCAGCCCUAACCCUGCCUGGCAGCGUGGCCGGGGCAAGAGCAGCAGGAGUGAAGCAGGAUCGCCAGGGAAGCAGGAGAGCACUGGUAGCAGGUACCAGCACCUGCAGGAAGGCUCUUCCCAGGCCCCUAAAUUCCAUUUGAGGAGCGAUGCCUUUGUGCCUUGUGCCAUAACGAGUUCAUCCCUUCUCACUGAAUUUCCACAUCCCCCUCAGCAACACUGAAAAUCCUGACUUAAAGUAGUUCUAAUGAGUAUGUAGCCCAGGGGUUGAAAAUUAUUACAUUAGACUAUCAGGAUGGGAUUUCCCAGCUUUAAUUUAUGUGAUUCAGAAGAAAACAUAGGCUCCCAAGAUCACUCUAGCCAUUGUAAAAUUAAAGCAUUGUCUAUUCUCUGAGCUUCCCCUUCAGAAGAUUCCCCAUAGCGACACAGUCUGCAACUACCAUGCACGUGGCAGGAUUGCAGCUGGAGUUUGGGGGGAUGCAAGCAAGUCAAACCUUGCAAUUAUUUUACUUUUCUCUUUUUCCUUUCUUUUUCUUUAUUUCCCCCCUCCUUAAACAUUUUUCCAUUUUUGGCUUCACAGAAUAACACGAUGUAAACUGGUUAUGUUUUUUUUCCAAAAUGCCACAUAGCAGCUGAAAUUAUUUAAAUGUUCAGCUCACCAAGAUAGGUCAUUACUGCCAUUGUGCUCAGGAGGUGGAUAUUUUGUAGGCUAUUGGAGGGCAGAUGCUUCAAGGAUGGUGCAUGUGGUUAUAGUUUCAUCAAGACAUUCCUCCUUACCAGCCAGCCAAAUAGAUUCAGCCCUUUUUCACAUAAUUGGCAAUCACAGCAAGGGUUUGUAGACUCCAUUCGAGCAGAAAGUAGAAUCCAGGAGAGGGGGAGAGAGAGAGAGAGAAAGAAAGAAAUCAGAACGCUUAUUACUCAAUUAAUGUUUGCAUGAGAGUGCAGUUCUUUAAGGACACUGUUAUUGCAGUGUGAGGGUUGCAUUUUUUUAUGAGCUUUCUAAUGCGUGGCAGGUUAAUGACACCAUGUACAGUGAUAUUCUUGUGAUCCAGGUAAUUCGGCAGCUUGAUCAUCAGGUCUGUAAUAUCUGUAGCAGCUUGAAUUGCUCCUGCAGCUGGAUGUUAAACUUGCUAAAAUUUCCUAUUCCUAAGGCCAUCUUACAGUACACUGGAAUUGCAUUUAGUUCGGGAACAUUGCUUUCUAAAAGACUCAUCUUUUGCUGUAUAUAUAUUUUUUUCUUUCACUCCUAAGACAGAGAAGGGGAAACCCUGGGCAGUUCCUGUGUUGGUCUAGAGGCACUGGUUCUCUGCAAACCCUUUGGAUAGGAUUCAAGUAUACAGCAUGCAAAAUAUGAUGGAAAUCUUACAGCCAAGUAUGUAGCGGAAACAUCCUUAAUUAGGCCAUUCUUCUUUCUUUUUCCAUGGAAGUGGCUGCCUUUCUCCCUCCAGAAGGAGUGUGCAUUACGGCAUUAUCCAGGCUGUGUUGUGCUGUUGCUGUUGGGCUUUACUUGAUCAACUAUCACCCAGCAGAAAUAAUUUGUGCAGCUCGCUAAUAGACAAACCACUUGACAAUCAAACCACAGCAGAAGAGGUGCUGUUGCUCUAAAGGUGCACUCAAAUGUUCAGUAUAUGAGCCAGGGCUGCUCUAUAAUAUAUGAACUGUACAGAUACUAUAGGAGAAGAAUACGUAUUUUCUUACCACCACCGUUCCUAAUGCCUUAUGUUCAGAAAAUGAGAUGCUUGGCUUGAAAUCAACAGAGAGUAGGAAUGGAGUUCAUGUCUGAUGCAGACAAUUUGACGCCUCCGGUGAUAAUCUGAUGUUGAGCCCACCUGGAGAGAAAAAUGCUGUCCACUGAGAUUGAUUUAUUCUUUGUACCAAAUGUAGUGGGGGGAGAGUUAUAUAUAUAUAAAUACAUAUAUAUAUAUAAAAUGUAAAUGUAAAGUUUGUGUAACAACUUACUCUGUUUUUGUAAUAGUGUAUACAUCUAUCAGUGGAUAGAUACAGUAUAUAUUUAUAAUAUAUACACACACAAUAUAUAUAUUUAGCAAAAUGCCCGCAGAGAAAACUUAGAGUAAGAAAGGCAGUGCUGGUAUUCAAAUUCCGCAGGGACAAAGUGAAGAAAAAACCUGUAAAAAUCUAGUAUCCUUUCCAUUGGGUUUAAAAAAAACACUUUUGAGGUAAAUGAAAUAUAUAAUUUUUUAAUUGAAAAGAAAAUUGAUUUUUCUAGUUAGAAAUGCUGAUUCUCCCCUAAAUCAUUCUGGUUAAGAAUGAUUAAGAAACAGAUUCUUGUUACAGCUUAUAUUUUUCUGAAUAAGCCUCCCAAAUCUCUCAUGUGUAUCACUCUAUUGUUUUUGUAAUUAUAAGUAGGGAGUAAUUGAGCAAAGAAAAUUAAAAUAGCAAGUAGGAGUAACAAAUAUUGUACCGUUAGAGCAAAAGACAUCAUCUACUAGAACGCGGAAAAUGUCAUCUUCCAUGUUAAAGAAUUUAACAACUGCCUUCUGAGUUAUUGAUCGGUACUGUAAGCUUUGCCUUAUCGUCACACUAGGAGGUUUUAGUACAAAAUUUAGGGAAGAGAAACCCUGCAAGCCCAUGGCUUUUGGUUUUUCAGAGGGGUCCAAAAAGCCACCAGGGCAUGGGAGUCAGGCACCUGGUGCCCUGGGUGUCUCUGGAGCUCCCAGCGUUAGCAGCCAACGCUCUGCAUCUAUUCCUCGCCCUGUCGCACCCGCGAGCCAGCCUGCAUGUACAGCAGGGCACAGCACCCCUUGGAGCUCUCUGGCAUAACAGAGAAAUACCCAGUAAAUUGGGUUUGAGGGAUUUUUUUUUUUUUCCAACAGAUCACUUUAAUGCCCUCGUGACCAAGGCCCAGACCCGAACAAGUGAAUCUUCCCCUUAAGCUUGGUAGGAGGAAACUUCAGGCAGCUUCAAGAGCAGAUUUGGGGUAGGUGAGCAAAUCCACAAAUUUUGAUGCUGCCUGAUUGCCAUAGCCUUCAAAACUGGACAGAAACCCCUCUGGAGCUGGGUCCUCGUGGGGCUUACCCAGUCUCAGCCGUUCAGCCUGGAAAUCCCUCCUUUGGGCCCUUUGGGAAAUUUUAGUGUCUGCUUUAGUCAUGGCUGGAGGAGCAAAACCAGCAAGCCACUAUUUAGAUAGCCACAACUAUAAGUGCUCAAUAGCAUUCAACAUAAAUUUGGGUCUUGCACUUGAUUUUUUUCCAUUCUGCCUCCAGCCUCAGCUGCAAAUUCACCCCUGCUAGUCGAGAGGGUUCAGUGCUGUAAGAACAGCAUUUGGCUUUCUGCAAGUCCCAGCCGCAAUUUGGUUUUAAACAAAUCUGAUAGUGAAAAGUAUUAACGCUGCACUCUAGUUCUGAAACCUCCAUGAGCAGGAUGCUGUUAAUUCACAUGCCAUGGAGUCAAGCAGGGGUGGGCCAUUAAUAACUGAAGAAAAAAUGUUUUUAGUACCAAAAUGUCAAGCAACGUAAAAGCCAGCCAGCUGCAUGACAGUGUGAUUUCCAUCCACACACCCCUCCUUAGAUAACAUCCAAACCUGCGCAUACUUAAAAGCGAUGCAGUUAAUUAGGAGCAUUCCCACAGAGGAAGCUUCAGGGAGGCUGAACGGUAUGUGAGAUGGAAAUGAUAGUAUUUAGCUUGUAACUGAGGUGGGAGAGUGACAGAUGCAAUACUGGAUCUUGGAUACGUGGGAAAUUAUUAUGCGAACACAGAACGCUUGCCCCAAAACAGCAAAACCUGGAGAGUAUUAUUGGACUCUGUUGUGAAGGCACAUCACCCUUCCUAUGCAAUUGAACUUGAUGGUACUUUAGUAUAAAGGUGACCUAGACUGUAAUCACUGCCUUUAGACACUGUGAAUUUUUUUGGGGUACUCUGUAUUUUUAUAUAUUGUACAAUGUAAAGAAUAAUUCAGAAAUAAAACAGACCAACCUGGCAA